AUUGUUACAUCACCUGCAAUUGUUUAGCAAUCAUGACGUUCUGAUUCGAUUUCUAAUUAACAUGCCAAACACACAGGUGCGGUGACAGAGGGAAAUCGUCCUAAAGCAGCAGCAUGUCCUCGCCCACCUACACGGACAUCUUUCAGUGCGAAGAUUGUACUUCACAGCAGUCCCCGGAAUCUAAACACCCAUUCCCUUGUACUGAUGACGGGUUGAAUGACAGUUUUGACGGGAGCUCUGCAGAGUUGACUGAUGUGUUUGAGGAGGACUGCUUGGAGGGAGAUGCCUGGAGUCCACCAGUUGCUGAACUGAGACAGAGCAUAACUAUUCAGUUGGAAAGUUACCUGUCUAAUGAAAAUCUGGCUGAAGAUGCCUUCUUGUUGAAACAUGUGCAAAGGAACAAGAUGGGCUAUGUGAGCCUUAAGUUGCUAACAUCCUUUAAAAAGAUCCGGGAGUUGACACGUGACUGGCGCACCACACUGGCUGCCGCUCGCAUCUCUGAGAAACUAGAGGUAAAUGAGGAGAGCACCAAAGUGCGACGCAAAACUCCUGUACCUGACUGGCUUCUGUGCAUUCCAACAAGUAAGCUGCUGCUGGCUUGGAAUUUGCUGGGCAGUUCCACCGAGGAGGAAGAGAAUACAUCCCCUGGCCUGGAGCAGCAAGACCUCAUGGAGAUAGCCAUGCGUCUUUUCAGUGUCCAUGGCACCAUCUCCUCCCUCAGGAUCCUGCGUCCAGGAAAGGAGUUGCCAGCAGAGCUGAAGAGGUUUGCCAAGAAGCAUACCGAGCUGGGCCGUAAGAUGUGCGCCGUGGUGGAGUAUGAGUAUCUGGAUGGAGCUCGCAGGGCUUACAAGGCCCUGCAGUCCGAGGAGCAGCAGGGGCGCAAGGGUGUGCGAGUGGUGCUCCUGGGCAGCCGUGGCACGCGUAAACCUACUUCGGCCCAGGAUGGCGGCGGCGAAGAGUCAUCUGAGGAAUGCGUGAAACACGCCUGUAGUAAAAAGCCCAGCCGCAAGGCUAAGCGUUACCCCUACACCCUGGAGGACUCUGUGCUCUACAGCUCCUCAGAAUCCGAUUUUGCCCCACCCUCCCCCCGUCCUAACCGGAGGGUCAACCGCCCCCAGGCCCUGUAUGGCAGUCCCCUUGCCAUCCCUCUUGUGUCCUCCUGCCGGAAUGACCCCUACAGGGAGCCCCUGUGUAGUCCGAUUGGAAGUCCCCUUGUGCCACGCAAGCUGUUCUCCAGCAGCCAUGCCACUUCUCCAUUGGCAACGCCACAAUUAGUCAGCACUCCUAACUCCAACAACAGCUCCUCCUUCAGCAGGAACAAGUGUUCUGGUGAUUAUUCGCAGGAUAGUGCUGUUUUUGUGGGGAGCCCGUGGGUCCGGCGGCGAAAAACUGCUGCUCAGAACCUCUUUCCAGAUAAAAGUUAUUCCGUGUCACCUGGACACCUGAAGAAAUCCAUCAGCAUCGUGGAGGUGGUGCGUCAGCCAAUUGGCCCUGAUGGCACCAAGGGUUUCUACAACUGCAUUGGAAGAGGGAAGAUACUUCUCCGAUAGUAAUAUUUUGAUCUGUGCCGUGUAAUGCAUUAUGUCCGGAAGGGCAAUUACCAAGCACUUUUUAUCCACAGAUCAAAUUAUUUUGUAUGUGUUAUAUCACCUUAAUCACACUGUGGGUGGGGGAAAAAAAGUUUUGUAUCGAAUAAAUAAAAACCUGAACUUUCUACGCAACCAA